UUUUUAUUUCUCUAUCUCUAUCUCUCUCUUUCUCUAUCUAUCUCUCUGGGUGUGUACUUCUUUCUCUCUUUUCUAAUACUUUGAUCUCUCUGCGUCUCUGAGCGCUUCCUGUUCCCCAUCUUAUUAUUUCAGAAACUAGCGUCCCUUCUUAUUUCAGCACCCCAAGGCCCAAAACGAGGAAUCUAUCCAAGAUAAAAAAAAUACAAAAAUUAAAGGGUUCUAAAGCCACCGAGAGAAAGAUAGACGGAGAGACCCUUUGGCGUUUGGUUCCUCUGUGAGCAUUGUGUUAGUAUGAGCAAUAAAGGGUUUGUUGAAUUUUAAGCCUUUUUCGUGGGUUUGGUUUUUAAUCUUUGGGGUUGUGGAAGGGGGAGAGAGAGAUUAAUGGCCGGUAGUAAUGAAGUCAACCAAAAUGAAUCGAAGAGGGUCGUGCCACUUAAUACAUGGGUACUCAUCUCAAAUUUCAAGCUAGCUUACAAUCUCCUUCGGCGUGCUGAUGGAACGUUCAACCGUGAGUUGGCGGAGUUUCUUGACCGCAAAGUCCCUGCCAAUACGAUUCCGGUUGAUGGGGUUUUCUCCUUUGACCAUAUUGAUAGAGCCGCCGGCCUCUUUAACCGGGUAUACCAACCUGCCCCAGAAAAUGAGGCUCAAUGGAGCAUUGAAGAGCUUGGAAGGCCGUUGAGCACCACCAAGAUUGUCCCGGUCAUAAUUUUCUUUCAUGGUGGAAGCUUCACCCAUUCUUCAGCCAACAGUGCUAUUUAUGACACUUUUUGUCGCCGCCUUGUCAACACCUCCAAGGCUGUUGUGGUUUCUGUAAAUUAUCGCCGGUCGCCUGAACAUAGAUACCCCUGUGCAUAUGAUGAUGGAUGGGCUGCUCUUAAGUGGGUAAAAUCAAGAACGUGGCUUCAGAGUGGGAGGGAUUGCAAGGUUCAUGUAUAUUUGGCCGGAGAUAGUUCUGGUGGUAAUAUUGCUCAUCAUGUAGCAGUGAGGGCAGCUGAGGCAGAAGUUGAGGUAUUAGGAAACAUCCUUCUUCAUCCAAUGUUUGCUGGGCAAAUGAGAACUGAAUCAGAAAGGAGAUUGGAUGGUAAAUACUUUGUUACAAUACAAGACCGUGAUUGGUAUUGGAGAGCUUAUCUUCCCGAAGGAGAAGAUAGAGAUCAUCCAGCAUGUAACCCGUUUGGCCCCAGGGGAAAAAGCCUCAAAGGUCUCAACUUUCCUAAAAGUCUUGUGGUGGUAGCUGGUUUGGAUCUUGUCCAAGAUUGGCAAUUGGCUUAUGUCGAAGGGCUCAAAGAAUCUUGCCAAAACGUGAAGCUUCUUUAUUUGAAGCAGGCCACCAUCGGGUUCUACUUCUUACCAAAUAAUGACCAUUUCUACUGUCUCAUGGACGAGAUAAACAGCUUCGUGAAUUCUAACUGUUAAUAGACUACUUAACCUCACCUACAGCAGCCAUACCCAUACAUAACAGAAGCUUGACAUUGCACUUGGGGUCUUUGUUUCUUCUUUUUGUCCUUUUGCAGUUACGGUGUGUAGUUUUAUGAUUGUGUAGUAUUACUUCUUACUCUGUUGCCAAUCUCAGUGAUAAUUUGAGAGUUCUGCAACUCUUGGGAUCAGUUGUUCUUGGUCUGGAGAUUACUGGUCUUUUGAGGGCAUGAAGUUAUUCAAUCAGGGAAGGCCACUUUCAGUAGCUCAGGGGAAUCAGAACUCAUUCUUGUGGGAUUUGGCUGAACCACCAGAUAAAGUCUUACUCUAAUUAACUUCCAGCCACGAUAACCGGGAAUAGAGGAGUAUUGGGGUAAUAUUUGGUGGUUGAUCAAUCUGUUGUAGUAAAUGGAUAUCAUUAGCCAGCUCUAAUUUCAGGACAUCAACUGGAAUAUAUCCAUCAUGUAAUGAAAUUGUAUUACAAUUUGUGUUCUAGUUAUAUAAAGAUUUUGUUUCGAGUCUUUAAAAGUA